AUGCAGCUCUCUGGCGCUCGCAGCCGGCCGCUGCGGCUCUCGCUUUAUUCAGGCAGAGGCGCCUCGGUGCGGCGCCGGUUUUUCGGAAGCAGGGUUCCGCCCUGUCGGUGUACUCACGCCUCAAGGCAAGUCUCAUCGGCUUCUUCUCGAGGAAAUCUGCUAUUGCGCGAGGCGAUGGGCACGGAAGAUGGGUACCCGACAGGCCCAGAGCGCGCAAUGUACGUUGUCUCCGAGCUCAAGUCCAGCGCUGGUCUGUUUGCCGCGUUUGCAUUUGGAGCCCUCAGUUUGCCGGGCUCUCUGACCAUCUCGGAAUUCAGGAUCACGAGCUCGUCGUCUUCUCUGUCUACCUCGCGCCCAACUCCAGACUCCGACCUGCUGCAGGCGUUUGUGGUGCUUGAUGUCCUAACGCUUGUUCUCAUGCUUAUUUGUGUUGUUGUCUCACAGUUGCUGAUGUACCGACUGAGCGAUGGUUCGUAUGGGUCCAACGUCUACGGUACUGACGAGAAGCAAGACCCACGCGAUUCGGCUCUGGGGCGACUUGCAACCCAGUACUGUAUCGAGUUCGGCACUGCGCGUUUUGCAUUCGACUUGGGAGUCAUUACGAUUUUGCUUGCUACACUUGUCAGGACAUGGGCCGUGUUUGGUAGUACAAUAGCACUCCCGGUUACGGGAGUCAUUGGCAUCUCAGCCAUCAUAGUUGGAGUUUUCUACGCGCGCGUGGGCAAUAUAUUUGAAAUCGGAUUCCGCCGUGUGGACGAAGCUAUUGAUGAUGAUUGGACCGUGGCUGGGGCUGCCGCGGUCUCAGUGGCUGGCGCAGGUCUUCUCUUCGGCAGCGUUGGGCUGACUUUGAGGCCUGAGCUGAUGAAGGAGUCUUUCGAGGUGACUACAGAAAGGGCGUUUCAGAGGGUCGUGGUGGCAAUGGAGAAGGCGGCAGCAGAGAAGCAAGCCGCAGAGAAAGUGGCAGCUGGCUUCAAGGCGGCAGCGGAAAACGCCGCAGAGAGGGCAGUGGCUGAGAUGGCGGCCGCAAGAGAGGCAUCACUAGAGAAGGCGUCGGCAGAGGUGGUGGCCUUGGAGAAGGCGGCAGCGGAGGACAAAGCGACAAGAGAAGCCACGGCGGCGAAGGCGGUAACAAGUGAGGCAGCAGCGAGGAGAGACGCUGCAGCAGAAAUGGCAGCACAGAAAGCGAAGGAGGCGGAGGCGGCGGCAGAGGAGGCGGCGGCAGAGAGAUCUGCAUCCGCCAGGGCAGCCAGUGAGAAGGCGGAGGCGGACAAGGUAGCGGCCGAGAAGGUCUCUGUGGCGGACGAGGCAGCGAGGAAGGCAGCCCAGGCGAGGUCGGUGGCAGACAGCGCCGCCUCGAAGAAGAUGGCGGCCGAGAAGCUGGCAGCGGCAGAGGUGGUGACGGACGGAUCUCGGUUUGCGGACAUGGCCUCAAAGCUUGUAGGCAGCGGCGCCGCGGCGAGGUCGGCGCCGGAGAGGUCUCUGGCGGCCGAGCGCGCGGCGAGGCGAGCCAGCGAGGCGGAGGCCGCGGCCCUGGCGGCGGAGGAGGCGAAGGCGGUGGCGGCCAGGGUGGCGGUGGAGAAGGCGGCAGCGAGAAGGGUCGCGGCGAGGAAGGCGGCGAAGGCCGACGAAGCUGCGAGGAAGGCUGCGGCGGAGAGGGCUGCUGCGGAGGGGGCGGUCGCGGAGGAGCAGCUGGCGGUCGAGAGGGCAGCGAGGGGGGAGGCGGAGGCCGAAGCGGCAGUCCAGGCAGCAGCGGCAGACAGGAUUGCGGCAGCGCGGGCGGCGGCUGAGAAGGCAGCAUUGGAGGACGUGGCUGUGCAGAGAGCGGCUGCAGCAGAGGCGGCGGCUAAAACAGCAGCAUCGGCCGCAGAGCGGGCCAUGAGGGCUGCGGCGGAGGCCGCAGAGGCUGAGAAGUCAGCGGGCGGGUUAUCGGCCGAGGCGCAGAGGUGGAGGCUAAGAGGCUAA